CGCCGCGACGCGAGAGUUCCGGGCUGCACCUCGGAAGGAGGUGUUGAACCUUUCACUUUGGCCUGCGGAGGCGGCUUGUUUGUUGACGUUCCCGUGGCGGAGGGGUGGCCUUUUCUUCUUCUUUUUUCCACUUUCCCCGCCCUUCCCACGCACCCCGGGGAAAGUGUGUGAGGCGCUGCUGGAAUUGGGGACUGCGAGGCUUAAUUGGGACCGGGGCUCACUUCUCCUGGAACUUUUCUUCCGUCGGUCCUGAGAUAUUUGGAGCGCCUGAGGAAGAAGCAGCCUUGUGUUGCUGAAGACCACGAGUCAGGUGUUGGGGAAGGAAACCCUGUUGCAUCCCUGGGACCUGCAAUGACAAGUCUGAACAGUAGCCAUGCAGAGAAAAGCGGUGAGAUGUCUUCAAAGCAGCCCGCGCCCAAAGUGCAGGUUCAGCGAUCAGUUUCCCGAGAAACCAUCACCAUUCAUUUCUCGGCGUUUGGGAAGGAGGAAGAGGAGGAGGAAGAAGAGUUCAUGGAGUCCCCCUCCGAGGCUCUGGACAACCAAAGCAUUGUAACUGCACUUGAAGCUAAGGAAGACCUGUGCUUUGAUCACGGUGACCAUGACUCUUCAGGUCCCACUACCUCGCUUAAUGUGGCUGCAUCUCCACUCGUCUCGUCUCCCAUUGUCUCGCCAACUGCAAAGCCCUUAGAAACCCAAGUUUUUAGUGUGGUGCCAUCAGCUCUCUCGUCCUCCUCGCAUUUGACUCACACCGCCAUCUCAUCAGGGGUGGCGUUGCCUUCAGAACUGAAAACCAGCCUGUCGCCAUCUCCAUUGCCCUCCCCUUCCAAGACCAACACACCAUCCGCUGUUGCCAGCUCAAAGCCUUUCAUGAGUUUAGUUAAGUCCCUCUCGACAGACAUCGAACCAAAAGAGGCCACUCCGCCCACGAGGCACAGGCAGUUGAUGAAAAGCCUGGUAAAGUCUCUCUCCACAGACACGUCUAAGCAGGAGCCCGAAGCGGUUUCCUACAAACCGCCGGACUCCAAACUCAACUUGCACCUGUUCAAGCAGUUCACCCAGCCUCGGAGUACAGGUGGCGACUCCAAAACUGCUCCCUCGUCCCCCUUGACGUCUCCGUCGGAUACACGUUCUUUUUUUAAAGUGCCCGAAAUGGAGGCCAAAAUCGAGGACACGAAGAGACGCUUCUCGGAGGUGAUCUACGAGCCUUUUCAGCUCCUCAGCAAAAUAAUGGGUGACGAGAGUAGUAGCCACAGGCCCAAAGCCUUAUCUUCAAGUGCUUCAGAGCUGUCCAAUCUCUCCAGCAUGAAUGGCCAUCUGGAAAGCAAUAACAACUAUAGCAUUAAGGAGGAGGAAUGCGAUUCCGAAGGGGACUUCUACGGCAGCGACUCCAGUAUAUGUAAGAGUGCUAAGCAGUCCCAGAACGUGGAGGAGCCUGCAAAAGAGGCCGACAGAAGAAGCUCCCCGUUGUUAAGCACAAAGGACCCCAGUUUGAAGGCCUCACUGGUACUUGAAAGAUGUUCUCUGUCUGCUCUGGCGAGCAAAGAGGACGAGGAGUUCUGUGAACUGUAUUCCGAAGACUUCUGUUUGAUAGAGGAUGACGGUAAACCUGACAAACCUUUCGAAAAAAGCUACCUGAAGGCAGAGGGGAGGCCUGAGGAAAGCUCUGCCUCACCUUUCAGCGGUGAAGGUGGCACCGAACUACAUGUGCAACAGCCUAAACUUCCAAUGAAAACGUUGUACUUUCUCACAAUGUUGAUCUAUGCCUACCUUAUUCUCCCUCUUCCCAGUUACUUCAGCGGACUCUUUUUGGGAGUUGCUGUGGGAUUUAUGAUUGCUAUCUGUGUCAUUUGGCUUUUUAUACCAAGUUCUCGAGGUAACAGGCUACAUAGGAAUUGGAACAAGCAAUUGAAUAUGCACCCUCUGGACAUCCAGGAACCUGAGAUACUGAAGGGCUGGAUGAAUGAGAUCCAUAACUACGAUCCAGAGACAUACCAUGCUACAUUGACUCACUCUGUCUACGUGAGACUUGAAGGAAGCACCUUGAGACUUUCAAACCCCAACAAAAAUAUCUCCAGAAGGGCUAUUUACAAUGAAGCCAAGCCGGAAGUCACUUACAUUAGCCAGAAAAUUUAUGAUCUUACAGAAAGCAAGAUUCACCUGGUACCCAAAAGUUUGGCCCGGAAAAGAAUCUGGAACAAAAAAUAUCCAAUUUGCAUUGAGCUUGGGAGACAAGACGACUUCAUGGCUAAAGCCCAGGCUGACAAAGAGACCUCGGAAGAGAAGCCCACCGUAGAAAAAGUGGAAGCGAGCAGUGAAGAACCCAAGAGGCAACCUCAGGAUGGAGCGAAGUCCAUCACUCAGAAGGACCAAGUGCUUUAUCUCUUUGGGAGGACUGGUAGGGAGAAGGAGGAAUGGUUUCAGAGGUUCCUCUUGGCUUCCAAAUUGAAAUCUGAAGGGAAAAAGCCAAUUGCUGUGUGUGGACAAAAGCCUGGAUUCUUGCCAGCACACAGUCGAUCCGACAGCCAGUCUGGAGCUCUGACCCACAGCCGUAGCAGCAGCAAAGGGAGCAUCGAUGAAAUUCUCUCCCAGCCAAAGCAGAAGGAACUGGCAGCCAGCGUGAGACAAAAAAUGCUUCUGGAUUACAACAUGUAUAUGGCCAGGUGCAUUCCACAAGAACAGGCGAGCCCUGUAGCCAGCCCAGUCCACAGCGCAGAAAGCAGCCCUACGGCUGUGAAGAAGUUGCCAUCCGAUGUCCAUUGUGAAGAAGAGACGCAGGAAGCAUGGGUGAACGCCUUGCUGGGAAGAAUAUUUUGGGAUUUCUUGGGAGAAAAGUACUGGUCUGACAUGGUGUCCAAGAAGAUACAAAUGAAGCUCAGCAAAAUAAAGUUGCCAUAUUUCAUGAAUGAACUAACACUAACUGAACUGGACAUGGGAAUUGCCAUGCCGAAAAUCCUUCAAGCCUGCAAACCUGCCAUUGAUUAUAAAGGGCUUUGGAUUGACUUGGAAAUAUCUUACAGUGGAUCUUUUCUAAUGACCCUGGAGACCAAAAUGAAUUUGACCAAACUUGGAAAGGAACCUCUAGGUGAAGCACUGAAAGUUGGAGAAAUUGGCAAAGAAGGUUUCAGGCCAAGGGCAUAUUGCCUUGCAGACAGCGAUGAGGAAUCUUCUAGUGCUGGCUCCUCAGACGAAGAUGAUGCUCCAGAAGCAACAGGCAGCGAGAAACCUCUAGUGCCAGGAGGAGAAGGAUAUGUUGGGGGGCACCGAACCAGUAAAAUAAUGAGGUUUGUGGAUAAAAUCACCAAGUCAAAAUACUUCCAGAAAGCAACGGAGACGGAGUUCAUCAAAAAAAAGAUUGAAGAGGUCUCGAACACUCCACUUUUGCUAACCGUUGAGGUACAAGAAUGUAAAGGAACAUUAGCAGUUAACAUUCCUCCACCUCCCAGUGAUCGAAUAUGGUACGGCUUCCGAAGACCACCCUACCUGGAGCUCAAAGCUAGGCCAAAGCUUGGUGAGAGAGAGGUGACUUUGGUUCAUGUGACUGAAUGGAUAGAGAAAAAAUUGGAACAAGAAUUCCAGAAAAUUUUUGUCAUGCCAAACAUGGACGAUGUUUAUAUCCCUCUAAUGCACUCAGCCAUGGAUCCCCGUUCAUCUGUGUGUCCUCCGAAAGAAUCCGUCACAGAAGCUACUGAUCAGCCAUGAAAUGUGAAGACUGCAGUUUACAGUAUUAACAGAUUAUGUUUUCAUGUGGUUUUUGGGUUUUUUAAAAAACAGCAACGAACUGUUUAGUAGAUUUUGUCCUUGUGCCACAUUUUAUUUUGCUUUCCGAGGAGGAUGGCUUUAUGCCCAUCGUUGCUCCAGUUUGCCCAAGUGUUGCUCCUAUCUCCUUUUCCGAACGUAAAUUCCAUUUCCUAAACCAGUCUGUGUCUUUGCAGCAGCUGCUGUUGGGCUUCCGACGUUAGCAGUUAACGCGCAGCACCCUUCUGCUGUAAAGGAUUAGGAAAAUCUCCACCAACUGCAAUUGAACCAGGAGCUUUGAUGCGAACAGUUGUUGUUCGUGAGCGUGCAAUAUUGGCAGUGCACACCGAGCAUCGAUGGCUCACCUUAUGCAGCCGCACGAACCCGUCCUCUAUAAGGAACAAAUUUGCAUAACUGGAAUACCUCCCUCUCCCUCCCUCUUUCUCUCUCAGGCGGUUGGAGGUGUAAAAUGAACAGAUAUGUUCUUUCACUUCUGCAGUCCCAAUAGCUUGUGUCAAGCAAAUUUUGAACUGUUUUCCGGAGUUAAGAAUGUAAAUUGGAUGUAUAGGUGAUAAUUGUGAAAUCACUUCAUGUGGAUUAUACAUAGUAGCUUAUUUUUUCAUACAAAAUUGUGCUUCUUUUGGAAACAAGUAGCCAUAUAACACAUGCAGACAUACAGAAGCGAUUAGCGAGGGGGGUCUAGCGAUCCAGAAACGAAUUAAAAAUAAGGCAAAGCCAUGAGACCAAACCAUAGUAAGCCUUUUAUUUAAGUGAGGUACAAUCACCGUGGCUUGUGAUUCAAUACCUGUUGUUGGACAUGAACACACGUCGAAAUGUCUAAUGCUGUCAGUACAUGCAUGUGUGUACUGAAAAUGAUUGCAGCUAGCCUGUAUGAAGUCAUUCAAGUUGAUUAAAUUUGUCUCACAUUCCUGUUGCUGUGUUUCCUCGUGCAUACGAUGUUCAUGGAUACAGUAUGGUGGAUCCACUUUUUUUAAAGAGAGGUCAAAUCCUGAUUGUAACUCAUUUGCCAUCAUUAACUGUGGGCACCUUUUUAGGCCAUCUCGUGAAAAUGGAAGCUCAACAGGCCUCCAGAGCAUUACAACUGAUAAUGGCCAACACUUAACAACAAAUUGCCUUGCUUUUCUUUAUUGUCUUUAGACCAUACAUGCACAUUAAAUUGGUAACUAUUAACACUACAUCAUAAAUGAUCGACACCAGUAACGGAGUGUUUCUUGAUACUCAAUAUUGCCAACUACUUAUGUCAAGAGAAUGUUAAAUUUAGUUUACAAAGCAGGUGAGUUAUUCAGCUCGCCUCUUAAUAGUGUGCUAUGCUUUAAGUGGUUUUUAAACUUUUUGUAUGUUGUGUUCAGUUACUGUGUAUAAAACGUUUCAUGAUUUGUCAUCUCGAAAUGAAAACUAAUUGAGUGGAGGUUUUUUUUUAAGCACCUUGCCUGAAACAUAUUUAAAGAAGAAAAAAAAGCAUUUAAUAUAUUUAAGUAUUCAUAUUAUUUGGACACCUUUAUUUUUGUUAUGUAAACACCUGUGACCAUUCCAUUUUGUGUACAGACCCAGCUCUUGUUCUCCGUAUGGAAACAUUUCCCUUUAUGAAGUCUGCAUGUCUUCUUCACAGUUAUUCCCCCACCCCGCCCAUGUGCAAUAACAAAAGUCUAAAGACUAGAUGCACUAAUUAAUAUGUAAACAGAUACCGAGAUUUGACACAAGUGACUUCAUUGCACUUCAUUAAUUGGACUAUGUGGGUUAUUACAAUGGGUUUGCUUUGUUCUCUGAAAUAAAUUUAUCCCAUGUCAAAGAA